AACAAGGUAAUUCCCUACAUGCAGUACCAGCUAAUUCUCAGAAUCACUUGAAUAGAAAAAGCAAAGCUCGGUCAGGUGGAGUGAAUGCUGAGGAUUCUGACCAAGUGCACGCUAUGAAUGCUCCCCACGAUUCAGAAACAAAACUUGAAGUACAGAAGCAGACACUAGCAGGCUCCAGCUUGAUGAAGAUGCACAAUGAGCACCCCAAUGGCAUUAAUGAAGGCAAAGAAAAGAAACCAGAAGCCUUUUUGGGCAGAAAAGGAAAAUCCCUAUCGAAGGGUGAAGAGAGUGUGGCAACCCCAACUGCAACAGCGGGUCAGAAGAAAAGCUCAAAGCAAUCAGGCAGAGGGCUGUGUAAUAAGAAGACAGCAGGAAAAGACAACUCUUAUAUGAGUAAAGACCAGCAUGGUUCAUCAUCUGAGAGUGAAGAUGAAGCACUGGGUAAAUAUCAUGAGGCCUUGUCUAGAACCCAGAGUUCCAGGCUGCCAGUGGUGGAUGGCAGACAGCAAAAAAACUAUGUAUGGGAAACCAGACAAAAGUAUAGUCCCCUGUCUGCAGAAUAUGAUGGAUACAGUAGUGAAGCCUCAAUAGAUGAAGCAAACUGCAUUCAGAGGAUGAGAAGAACACCUCCACUGGAUGAACUACAGCCGCCUCCCUACCAGGAUGAUAGUGGUUCUCCUCAUCUUUCGUGCACGCCUUCGGAAGUUGGGGAUAGUAAAUGUGAAUUCUCCCAGUGUAGCAACAGUCCAAGAUGCUCAUACAAGUGCCCAAGCGAGGGAAGCACGGGACACGAAAUAGAGAGCUUUCAUAACAAAGGAUAUGAAGAGGAUGUACCGAGUGAUAGCACAGCUGUCCUUAGUCCAGAGGAUAUGUCAGCUCGAGGAUCGUCUUCGCAGCUCCCUAAACCUUUUGAUCCUGAGCCAGUAGCUAAAUACGGCACACUGGAUGUGACUUUUGACUAUGACUCACAGGAACAGAAGCUUUUGGUGACAGUGACAGCUGUCACAGACAUUCCCACUUACAGCAGGACAGGUGGAAGCUCGUGGCAAGUACACCUCGUUCUUCUCCCUAUAAAGAAGCAGAGAGCAAAAACCAGCAUCCAGCGGGGACCGUGCCCUGUCUUCACAGAGACAUUCAAAUUCAAUCACGUGGAGUCAGAGAUGAUUGGGAAUUACGCGGUUCGCUUCAGACUCUACAGCGUACGGCGCAUGAAAAAGGAGAGGGUUGUGGGAGAAAAGGUCUUUUACUUAACCAAAUUGAACCUUCAAGGGAAGAUGUCAGUGCCAGUGAUACUGGAGCCUUCUUACAGUCUGUCUGGUUGUGACUCUCAAAUGAGCAUGUCAGAAGUGUCCUGCAGCGAAAGUACCUCCUCUUGUCAGUCUCUGGUACAUGGCUCAGCUCCAGAAAUCCUCCUUGGCCUCCUUUAUAACGCUACAACUGGAAGAUUAUCAGCAGAAGUGAUAAAAGGCAGCCACUUCAAAAACCUGGCAGCGAACAGACCACCCAAUACGUAUGUGAAGUUAACACUGCUGAACUCGAUGGGGCAAGAGAUGUCCAAAUGCAAAACGUCAAUCCGCCGAGGACAGCCGAAUCCAGUAUACAAAGAAACCUUUGUUUUCCAAGUGGCACUGUUUCAGCUUUCAGAUGUGACACUCAUACUGUCUGUGUAUAAUAAGCGCAGCAUGAAGCGAAAAGAGAUGAUAGGGUGGAUUUCCUUAGGUCUCAACAGCUCAGGAGAAGAUGAACUCAAUCACUGGACUGAAAUGAAAGAAUCCAAAGGACAGCAAGUAUGUAGAUGGCAUACUCUACUAGAAUCGUAAUGGAUAGUACAAAGUGCAGUUGUGGUUCUAAGAGAUUUUGGUCUCCAGAAGAUGAUCUUUGCUGGCAAUGAUCAACAGAUCCGCUGUGGAAGUGAAAAAUGAAAACUGAGCUCAACAUUCCAUCAUAAAGAAUGCACAACAGGCAAACUGGUGGGAUUUAAUAGAUAAUCUUCACUUAGAGUCCUGCGUACGCUUCCUUGGUGACAGAGAAGCCUUGCUGUACACAGAUACGUUAGUGGUCCCUCUCCCAUCUACCUGAUGCUGUAUUUGUUUGGGUUUGUUUUGUGGUUUUGGAUUCAGAAACGUUUUAUGUAAGGUUCUCCAAAUCAGUGUAAGCUCCUCCUUGUGUAAUUUUGUAUUGCUCUAACACUGUAGCUUCUGACCUGCCUGUGUUCAGAUUAAAGGUCAAUACUUUGCACUUUGACAAAAA